AUGUCGCUGGGUGCGCCAGAGGUUGCUCCGGUCUUGUCGACUCCGGAUACACACGUCUUUGAGGAUCCCACCCCUGCCAUCGACCCGUCUCUGGUGCGGACCUUCUCGGACGAACAAUUAUACCUUACCUAUGAGAUCAAGAGAACCGUUGACGAGAUCCGCCAUGCAAAAUACAAGCGGAUAGCUCUUCAAUUCCCCGAUCAUAUGUUGACCGAUGCUCCGAGGGUUUUUGAAGCGUUGCAGAAAGAGCUCCGCACACAAAACAAGAGUCAAGACGUGACUGAAGCCAUGGACAAGGUUUCGCUGGACGCCGAACAAGAGAGACUCUGUAUCCUUGGUGAUACUUCAUACGGUGCCUGCUGCGUCGACGAGGUUGCUGCUGAGCACGUCCUGGCCGAUGUUGUAGUGCAUUAUGGCCGUACCUGCCUUUCCCCGACUCAGAGGCUGCCUGUCAUCUACGUCUUCACCUUCCGUCCGCUCGACUUGGACGCUGUCGUCGCCAGCUUCCAGAAGACUUAUCUGGACAAGGACCACAAGGUAGUCCUAAUGGCAGACAUUCCUUACGCUGAACAUGUGCAACCUCUACAAUCUGCUCUCGAGAGUCUUGGCUACACCAACCUGUUUUCCACAUCCAUUGUCCACAACCCUUCGUCUUUAUUGCCUAAUCGCACCGUCCCUUCCGGAGCAGAUGAGGAUGCCGCUGUUCUUCGCGACUACUCGCUUUUCCACAUCUCGGAACCUCCGACAUCCCUCCUUCUCAAUCUCACCUCUCGUGUGGCUUCCAUCGACAUCUACCCGACCGCGUCCGAGGGUUCUGAAGCCCCUCAAACUAUGUCCGCGUCCACUGCCCAGAUUCUCCGUCGCCGUUAUGCUCUCGUAACAAACCUUAGCACUGUCUCUGUCUUUGGUAUUCUGAUUAACACCCUUUCCGUCAAGAACUACAUGGAAGCUCUGGCUCACGUUCAAGACCUGAUCACUCGUGCCGGCAAAAAGUACUACACUUUCGUUGUCGGAAAGGUCAACGCUGCCAAGGUUGCAAACUUCUCCGAGGUCGAUGGUUGGGUCAUCAUUGGUUGCUGGGAAAGCAGUUUGAUCGAAAGCAAGGACUUCUGGAAACCCAUCAUUACACCUUUCGAAUUGGAGCUGGCUCUCACCGACGAAAGGGACCGUAUCUGGACCGGAGAAUGGAACAGCGACUUCCAGUCUUUGCUCGGCAAGAAAACUGUAGUCAGGGGUGAAGGCACAUACGACGACGAGUCAGACAACCAGGACGGUCAAGGCAUUGAUGAUGAGUCGGACUCGGAAUCCGAGGCGCCAGUCUUCGAUCUUCGUACUGGACGUUACGUAUCGCAGAGCCGACCUAUGGCACGACCUUCUGCGUCCGCCUCCAAGAAGACCGCUGCUACCAGUCUUAUCAAGCGUGCCAACGGUGAUCUUGCCCAGAUUGGUGGCGAAGUCUCUCCUGCUGCCGAAUUUCUACGCAGCAAGCGUACAUGGCAAGGUCUGGGUACUGACUACGAAAUUGCUUAUGACUACGACGAAGAUGGCAAGAUUAAAGGCGCACCCAUGGAAGAAGGCCGUGGCGGUGUUGCUCGAGGAUAUGUCGUUGGUGACUCUGAGCGCUCAUGA